GCCGCCGCCGCCGGACGGCCCCCGCCCCUUUUUCCCUCUGCGAGCCGCAGCGCAGGGGCGGCGGUGAGACCAAGGAGCCGGCCGAUGGCCAUGGCCUUGGCGUGACAGAGCCGGCCGGGCGGGUGCGGACGGCAGGGCCGGACGACGCCCGCGGGAGCCGCGGCCCAGAGACCCGUCCGGGCAGCAGAGACUGGAGCAGAGCACACAGGCCCGGGCCGGCUCGGCGGCGCUAGCAGGAAGCGGGGUCCUUGGGCCCCUUUGUGUGAAGGGCGGGGGAGGGGUACGGGGCAGCCCCCGGCCGCGGGCUCCUCCGACGCCCGCCUUCCCGCGGGAGCCCCCGUCGGUCCUGCGGCGCCCACCCCUUCCCUCCGGGGGGCGCGCCUCGCCUCCCCCCCCCCCCCACUCCGGGCUGCUCCGGGCUCGCCCUCUCCCCACGCCCCCUGCCUGGGCUUCAGUUCCUAUAGGAAGGGCAUUACCAUCCCAUCCCCACCCACCCCGACACUUCGCUCUUUCCCCUCCCCCUCCUUUAACUUCCUCUUCUUCCCUCGUUGGGCCCUCGGCUGCUCUGCACUCUCCUCCCGGGUUCGCAGAUUUCCGCCCACCUUCCGCCUCCCAGGGCCGCGCCGCAGCUAGCGGGGUGUAAUUUUUCCCUUCCUCUGGUAGGAGUUGGGGAAGGUGAGACUCAUGAGGGAAUACAAGGUAGUGGUGUUAGGGAGCGGAGGGGUUGGCAAAUCUGCCCUGACUGUGCAGUUUGUCACUGGGACUUUCAUUGAGAAAUAUGACCCCACCAUUGAAGAUUUCUACCGCAAAGAGAUCGAAGUGGACUCUUCCCCCUCCGUGCUGGAAAUUCUGGACACCGCAGGAACUGAGCAGUUUGCCUCCAUGAGAGAUCUCUACAUCAAAAACGGCCAAGGUUUCAUCCUGGUUUAUAGUCUGGUUAAUCAACAGUCUUUUCAGGAUAUCAAGCCAAUGAGAGAUCAGAUUGUCAGAGUGAAGAGAUAUGAAAAAGUCCCACUGAUCCUAGUAGGAAAUAAAGUGGAUCUGGAACCAGAAAGAGAGGUUAUGUCUUCAGAAGGCAGAGCUCUGGCUCAAGAAUGGGGCUGUCCUUUCAUGGAGACAUCGGCAAAAAGUAAAUCAAUGGUGGAUGAACUUUUUGCCGAGAUCGUCAGGCAAAUGAACUAUUCUUCCCUGCCCGAGAAGCAAGAUCAGUGUUGUACAACUUGCGUUGUCCAGUAAAAAAAAGAUAACCUCAAUCAUGGCCAUACCGAGCAG